AUGCGUUUCAUUUCUCUCAUCGCCCUUUCCCUCUCGGCCGCCAUCACAACGGUCAGCGCCGCCAGCUACCCCAUCACUGGCAGCACCGUCAACUGCCGCUCCGGCCCAGGAACCAGCUACUCCGGUGUCAGGACAUACAAGAAAGGCCACAAAGUCACUAUAUCUUGCCAAACCACCGGCACCUCAGUUUCAGGCAACAACAUCUGGGACAAGACAUCCGACGGCUGCUAUGUAGCCGACUACUACGUGAAGACCGGCACCAACGGCUACGUGACCAAGAAAUGCAGCAGCAGUGGAGGUAGCGGUGGCGGAGGCAGCAGCGGCUCUAAGGCUGGAAAGGCCAUCAUCUCUGCAGCCCAGAAGAAGAAAGGUCUCCCCUACGUCUGGGGCGGCGGUGGCUGCAAGGGUCCCUCCGGCGGAGGCUUUGACUGCUCCGGUCUGACGCAGUUUGCUGUCUGCAAGGCAUUGAAGAAGAAGAUUCCUCGUGUUGCCCAGGAUCAGUAUAAUUCUAAGCUCGGCAAACGGUACCCGCGUUCGCAGGCUAAGCCUGGCGAUCUGCUGUUCUGGGCUACUGGUGGUGAUUGCAAGAAUAAGGUUGCUCAUGUGGGUAUCUAUAUCAAGAAGGGUUGGAUGAUCAAUGCGGCUCGAACUGGAACUCCGGUUCGCGAACAAGCUAUCUGGACUUCUUAUGGCGGAGAGAAGAUUUGCCCUUAUGUCAUGAGAUUUACUUGA